AUGGCUGCGAACAUCGUCCUCCCACCACUUACGACCUGGGCCGAGGAGCACAUCACCGCGCUCUUCAACACGACGGACGAGAGCACGUUCAAUGAAGCGUUCGACAACUUCGUCGCGGCCAGCCCGAGCAGCAUCGUCGUGAACGGCCAGAGACUUACCCGCGCGCAGUACAAGGACCAAGUCUGGAAGGACAAGUUCCUCGAGGCCGCUGCGCAGGUACAGUACCUCGGCGCUGUGAGCGUGCCCAAGGACGAGAACGACCCGAUCAAGGCUGGUGAGGUUGGCGUGUUCCUUCAGGCGACGAUUGACGAGAGGCUGCUCGUUCUGGGUGCACCCGAGACGCGCAACGUCACGCUCUCGCUCAACCUGAAUGUCAUUCAGGACCCCAUGCUCAAGCCGCCCUCAAACCCGGGUGGUAUCCACGGCUUCUUCGACGGCCGUCGCGUCGCGUCCAUCGUUGCCGUCUCGACGAGCAAUCCGAAUGCGACUGUCCUCCCUUCCAACCCCGGCGGACCUAUCAUCAACCCCGGAGGCCCCAUCAAGCCGCCCACUGGCGCGAGCUCUGACUGA